AUGGUGAAUAUAAAUAUAGCUGCUUUAGAAAACAUUGGCAAAGUAUUAAAUGAUCCUAAAAGACCUAUGAAAGAGAGAUUUCGUGCUCUGUUUACACUGCGAAACUUAGGUGGGGAAAUUGCCAUAAAAUGCAUCAGUGAGUGUUUUCAGGAUGAAUCAGUGCUGUUAAAACAUGAGUUAGCUUAUUGUCUUGGUCAAAUGCAGGAUAAAAAUGCCAUACCCAUACUAAGAAGCGUAUUAGAAGACAAAACUCAGGAUCCUAUCGUACGACAUGAAGCCGGUGAAGCUCUGGGAGCAAUUGGGGAUCCAGAUCUUAAGAUGCUGUUAGAGAAAUACCAACAUGACCCAGCAAUAGAAGUUGCAGAAACAUGUCAAAUAGCCCUUCAGAGGCUAAAUUGGGUGGCCAAUAAGGCUUCAGAAGACAGAAAUUUAUCCAAAAGUAGAUAUGAGUCUAUAGACCCUGCACCUCCCAGUGUUGAAGAUAAUGUGGAAAAGUUGCAGCAAACUAUGAUGGAUGAGAGUAAACCAUUGUUUGAUAGAUACAGAGCAAUGUUUAGUUUGCGAAAUUUGGGAACUACUGAGAGUAUUAAUGCUUUGGGUCAAGGUUUUAAAGCAAGUAGUGCAUUGUUCCGUCACGAAGUAGCAUUCAUAUUUGGUCAGAUGCAAGACGAGCGUAGUGUGCCAUACCUCAAACAAACUCUAGAGGAUGUUACCGAGCAUGAGAUGGUUAGACAUGAAGCCGCAGAAGCCCUUGGAUCUAUAGCAACAGAUGAAUGUACUGAAGUACUUAAAAAAUACUUGAAUGAUCCUCGUCCGGUUGUGAGGGAGAGUUGUGAAGUGGCAUUGGAUAUGUCGGAGUAUGAGAACAGUCCAGAGUUCCAAUACGCAAACACAUUACUAACAGUACAGAGCUAG